AUGUCCAGCUGGGAUCAAACAACAUUUAGCUUAUCACCCCGCUCUAAAGGGUGCUACUUGGUCACCGACGAAGUUUACCAAAAAGUGCCUCAGAUCCGCGAUUACGAAGUAGGAAUUUUGAAUCUAUUUUUACAGCACACAUCUGCCGGUCUCACAUUGAAUGAGAACUGCGAUCCGGAUGUUAGAACAGACAUGAAUACAGCAUUGGAUAGGAUUGCACCAGAGGGAAACCAUUACAUCCAUGCCGAUGAAGGUGCCGAUGACAUGCCUGGUCAUAUUAAAAGUUCCACCGUUGGUGUAAGUUUAUCUAUUCCUAUCACCAAUGGUAAAUUAAACACAGGUACUUGGCAAGGCGUCUGGCUAUGCGAGUUCAGGACCUACAAACAUUCAAGAAGAAUCGUUGCAACUAUAAAUGGAAAAAAGAAGUGA